GCGACGCAGCACUUUACUUCAGUUCACUUUCUGUAAUUCGGUUUUUAGUUCACGCGUUUAAACAUUAGCUCGAAUUAUUUUUAGCCUUAGCCUGCACGUUUCCGCUGCCGAAGGAGCAACAGUAAAAACAGUCCCUCUCCGAAAACACCCACAUUCUGAGCUUAAUACAACAUGUAAAAUUGACAUUUGCUGCAGAGAAGACACAGAUAAAGACAGCUUGUUGGUUAUUGUAGCGUUUCGAGAUUUAUAUUCUAAUUUAAAGGUUAGUACAUGAAGGAAAAACACUACCCGGAAUCAUUUAAUGCGACACACGGGAUUAAUGGCUGCAGUCAAUGUACGGAUCCCCUCUCAUUGUUUACAUUUCGAAACGGUGUGUUCCCUCGGUUUUUCAGGCUGUCACCGAUACAGGAGCGACUCUUACCCCGCGGGGGUGAUAAGUGUCAUGAAAUGAGUUUGUAAAGAUUCUCCUGGAGGAAGCACCGAGCCGACCGGUGACGAAGUGGAGCUAGCCCCGUGAGCUAGCUGACCCAGCUCCAUCUUUACUACGUCGCUGCUUCCACAGAGAUGACAAGUUAGUCUCCAGGAUUCAGCCGCUGUCCAAGCAGCUCGGUUCUCAAGGAGAAGCCGAUGUAUGAGGGGGUAUAGCUGCAGGGGAGGCUAAAGGCCGGACAGAGUCUCCACUAGAGGAUCAUCGAAGGGUGCACAAUGUUUAGUGUACCUCAAAUCUCCAAGUCCGAGUUCCUGGACAAAGCCAGGCAGGCCAGGGAGGAGAGGAGGGGGCAGAAGGACAAGGAGAAGUCGGCCACCAACAUCCAGGCUCUGGUCCGGAGGUUUCUCUGUCGCUGCAGACUCCAGAAGCAAAUAAGGAAAGAGGUGGAUGACUAUUUUCAAGCUUCUGAACCCGGGACGCCGAAACGAAAUGCACUUUCAAUUUUCAAAAUUUCCCGGAAAUUACUUUUUGUAUAUCGCCUGGAGGAUAAGAUGAGGUUCGAGAAGCUUUGUCGUGCUAUUCUUGCCAGCAUGGAGGUUGAAAAUGAUCCUAAAGUCUGGUACGUGUCCUUGGCUCUUUCCAAAGACCUCACCAUCCCCUGGAUCAAGCAGGUCAAAGAUGUGCUGUGGACCUGCUGUCAGCUACUGAAAAACUUAAAGCCUGACAUUCUUCAGGACAAUAAACUGGUAACGCUGUACCUCACCAUGCUGGUGACCUUUACGGACACUUCCACCUGGCGGAUAGUCCGAGGAAAGGGAGAAGCUCUCAGACCUGCUUUGAUGAGGAUCUGUGAAAAUAUCAUGGGGCAUCUGAAUCAAAAGGGAUUUUAUUCAAUACUUCAGAUCUUGCUGACCAAUGGCUUAGCUCGUUCUAAACCGUCUCUGUCCAAAGGCACUCUAACAGCUAUCUUCACUUUAUCAUUAAGGCCAGUCAUUGCGGCUCACUUCUCAGAUAACCUGCUGAGAUCAUUCCUCAUCCACAUCAUGUCAGUUCCAGCUGUCGUGACCCACCUCAACGUGCUCACUCCAGAGUGCAUGGUAUCUAUCCAGACGCACGGCCUCCUGCGGAAGUUCAUCUUGUUUCUCAGCCGAGAAGAGCAGUGUUCAGACAUCUGUGUGUGUCUGGAGGGAAGCCACACGCUCUGCUUACUUGGCAACCUAAUUCACUUGGGUUUCCUCAAUGAGAAAGUCCUUGAAGAGGAGGCCGGUCAUUUCGUGAAGGACCUGACUGACAUGUUGUCCUACUGCCAGAGAUAUGUGUCCCAAAAGAAGUCCAACCUCACCCACUGGCACCCUGUCCUGGGCUGGUUCUCACAAACUGUAGAUUACGGCCUGAACGAGUCAAUGCCACUAGUCACUAAACAGCUUCAGUACCUGUGGGGUGUUGCUGUCAUUCGAACGCUCUUUAGUGACGUCCUCUCUAAAAAGCUAGAGAGUCAGGAGCCCACCCCCCCACCUCCGCAGCCGAGCACAUCACAAAACAAUCUACCAGUUAAAAACCUCUUCAAGCGAGCGUUUCAGAAGUCUGCCUCUGUGAGAAACAUCCUUAAACCAGUCGGAGGGAAGCGAGUCGACUCAGCUGAAGUUCAGAAAGUGUGCAGCAUCUGUGUGCUCUACCAGACGGCUCUGUCUACACUGACACAAAUACGCCUCCAGAUACUCACCGGUCUGACACAUCUUGAUGACCUUUUGCCCAAACUGUGGGCCUUCAUCUGUGAGCUGGGUCCUCAGGGAGGCCUCAAACUCUUCAUGGAGUGUCUGAACAAUGACACCGAAGAGUCCAAGCAGCUCUUAGCUAUGCUCAUGCUGUUCUGUGACUGUUCACGGCACCUCAUCACAAUUCUGGAUGACAUUGAAGUCUAUGAAGAACAAACAUCUUUCAAGAUCGAGGAACUCAUCACGAUCUCCUCAUUUCUGAACACAUUUGUGUUCAAGAUGGUGUGGGAUGGGAUCUUAGAAAAUGCAAAGGGAGAGAAACUGGAGUUGUUCCACAGUGUUCACGGCUGGCUGAUGGUGCUUUACGAACGAGACUGCAGGCGAAAGUUUACCCCCGAUGACCACUGGCUACGCAAGGACCUAAAGCCCAGCCUGUUGUUCCAAGAGCUGGAGAAGGGAAAGAAAAGAGCCCAGCUGUUACUGCAGUACAUCCCACACGUUGUUCCACAUAAAAACAGGGUGCUGCUGUUCAGGAACAUCGUAACAAAGGAAAAGGAAAGUUUAGGAUUGGUGGAAACAAGCUCCGCUUCUCCACACGUCACCCAUAUUACCAUCCGUCGCUCGCGGAUGUUAGAGGAUGGAUAUGAUCAGCUCCGUCGGCUGCCAGCGAAUUCUAUAAAAGGCGUCAUUCGCGUGAAGUUUGUGAAUGACUUGGGAGUAGAUGAGGCUGGUAUCGACCAGGAUGGUGUCUUCAAAGAAUUUCUAGAGGAGAUCAUUAAGAAAGUGUUCAAUCCUGCUCUCAACCUGUUCAAGACCACCAGUGGAAAUGAAAGGCUUUAUCCUUCGCCCACAUCUUACAUCCACGAGAACCAUUUGCAGCUGUUUGAGUUUGUGGGAAAGAUGCUCGGGAAAGCUGUCUACGAGGGCAUUGUGGUGGACGUCCCGUUUGCCUCCUUCUUCCUCAGUCAAGUCUUGGGUCACCACCACAGCACUUUCUAUAGCUCCAUUGACGAGCUUCCUUCUCUGGACUCAGAGUUUUACAAGAACCUCACUUCCAUCAAGCGCUAUGAUGGAGAUGUAGGGGAUCUAGGCCUGACGUUAUCCUACGAUGAGGAUGUCAUGGGGCAGCUUGUUUGUCAUGAGCUGAUACCUGGGGGGAAAUCCAUGAUCGUCACCAAUGAAAACAAGAUCAGCUACAUCCACCUCAUGGCUCACUUCCGGAUGCACACGCAGAUUAAAGAGCAAACCGCAGCUUUCAUUCGGGGCUUCCGCAGCAUCAUUAACCCCGAGUGGCUGCACAUGUUCUCCACGCCUGAGGUUCAGCGCCUUGUCUCGGGAGACAAUGCCGAGAUUGAUCUAGAUGACCUCAAGAAACACACAGUGUAUUAUGGAGGAUUUCACAGCAGCCAUCGUGUCAUCAUCUGGCUGUGGGACAUCAUGUCCAGUGACUUCAACUCUGACGAGAGGGCUAUGUUCCUUAAAUUUGUUACCAGCUGUUCAAGGCCUCCUCUUCUCGGUUUUGCCUACCUCAAACCACCUUUCUCCAUCCGCUGUGUGGAAGUUUCAGAUGAUCAGGACACUGGAGACACCCUUGGCAGUGUUCUUCGGGGGUUUUUCACUAUCCGCAAGAAGGAGCCCGGUGGUCGACUUCCCACUUCGUCAACAUGCUUCAACCUGCUCAAGCUGCCUAACUACAGCAAGAAGAGCAUCCUGCGUGACAAGCUGCGCUAUGCUAUCAGUAUGAAUACAGGCUUUGAGCUGUCCUAACUCAGCUGCAUCGGGACAAUCUGCACAGGAGGCUUGGGUUCAACAGUGUGAACCACGCAAGAGGCUCGGCUUACCUGGACUGGAGCCUGUCACGUCAAAGGGUCAUCACCUAAACAAAAGGGGACUCAUGAAGGACCCACAAAGUCUCCUUUUGUCUUUUUAAAACUGGACGAGCUCAGCUCUAGUACAGCUCACAUCUAAGGGGAUGGUGUUUCUGCAGCACAAUCCAAUUUUGAGCAUCUCCCCUGCCACUCCAGAAACUCAAUAUGUUGUAUAUUUAACUUGAUGAAAUUCGGAUAUAUAGUGGCUAGAUCUCUGUUUCUCAGGCUUAACAGAAUCAUUCUCGGAACUAACACUCCCAUUUUAAGUGAACUGGAAAGCAAUACAGAUGCAGUGCAAGCCAUUAGACACGUGGUCGACUCCCUCGAGUGAAACCAAGCGAUGUAUUGUUAAUAUACUUACAUGUUUGGACUCCAUUAUCCAAGCAACUUUAAACUGAUGUAGGAAGAGUCUUAAAAUGUUUUGCGGAACAUAAUGCAUCUUUUAUAAAUGGAAGACAAAUCAAUGUCACGAGUUCAACCUCCAGGAAAGAGGAGGGGCUCACAGCAACCGUGUGUCGAUUACAUUAUGACCCUUUUCCAAGAAAAUCCCAUCAUUCCAUUUCGUCCCCCACCAAAAGACGCUGCAGGCACCUGAGAGAACUGUUGACCCGCUGGUUUGUUCGUCCUUCGUACUUUUGAAAACCAAACAUCUGCCUCAGUUGUGGUGAAGCAGUUAAAGGAUCUCUUGUCACGAAAGAAGAAGAUCUGGUCAUCUGAUGCUUGAUUCAGAUAAGAUCUUCUGGAACUGGAAAUAUUUUGUCUUUUUGUCUCUGCUCAGUUGAGCAGAACGCAGCCGAUAAAUGUUUAUGUCACUUGUGUUCUUGACCUACGCUCCAAAAAUAAGAAGAGUAACGUCAAUCGAAGAUGCUAGUCUUUGUACGUAAUGUAAAGAAGAAGAUUUAUCACUACACCUUUCAA